GAUCUCCUCAACGGCGAUGGUUCCAGAUGUUCUUUCACAGAGCAAUUAUAAAGAGUGGAGCAAUUGCAUGAGAAACUAUUUAUUAGCUCAAGAUCUUUGGGAUGUUGUUGAAUCAAGCAAUGGACCGUCUUCCAGUGAUCAGGAGGCUACUGCGAAUUGGAAGAGAAAAAAUGCUGCAGUUCUUUACACCCUUCAAAUCUCAUGUGCACCAGAGAUUUUUGCUCGGACGAUGGGGAAAACUUCAGCGAAAGAAGCUUGGGACGAAUUGGCUAAAAUACAUGAAAUGAAGAAUAAAUGGCGAUUGGAUGGACCUCAAUCAUCAAGACAAGGGACAGAUCUCCGCAUAUUCUUUGAGGGAACCAUUCCAGGGAAAACAAAGCCUAUUGAAAGGACUCGUAGCAAUAAAUUCUUAGAAGCCAUUUUCUAUCAGAAGUGGGAUACCGUAAUCAAAUUGUUAGAAGAGUGUGAUGUGGAGGGGGUUAAGAAACUGGUGCAGAUAAUGUCUGAAGAAGAAAUUUUGUACGAAGAUAAAAAUGGUUGCACAGCUCUCGCCUAUGCUGCCUAUCUUGGAAAAACGGAGAUUGCAAAAUUGUUAUUAACUACAAAGAACAAUAAAUUGCUCACAAUCCCAGACACAGAAGGAAUGAUUCCAGUUGUGCGGGCAUGCGCCCAACGCCUCAAGGAAACAACACUCUAUCUCUACUUUCAGACUCUGGAAUUCCUAUAUCCGGAGAGAGGCGAGCAUGGUUCCUUACUCCUCCAUUUUUGUAUGCUUAAUGAAAUGCUUGUUAUUGCUUUGGAUCUACUGCAACAUUAUCCGCGUUUGGCAUUCACCAGAUUCAAAUACAAUAAUCGGGUGUCGACUCCGAUUCUAACAUUGUCUGCACAAACCUCUCUGUUCCCUAGUGGAACGCGGCUUUCAUUUCUGCAGCAGUGGAUUUAUUAUGGUAUAUCCGUAGCCAGUGAAGAUAAGGAAGUAAUUAAAGCGGCCACCUGCACCCUCUCCUGAUGUUCGUAUUCCCGUUGCGUCAAUCCACCAAAACGAGCAGAAUGAUAUCAAAAGACAAAGUAUAUUAUGUUUUUUUUUUCUUUUAUAUAGCAGGGUAUAAAUUCUUGAUAGAGUC